AAAAAAAGGAGUAGGGGAUAAGGAAAUUACCCACAAGAGCGACCGAACACUGACACGCCACAGCACCAAGCUCCUCGCUCCUCCACGGCCAUGGCCACCGCCGUCGCCGCCUUCCGCUCUUUCCUUCACCCCACCGCCAUUGCCGCCGCCAUCCCACUCCCUCCUUCUCACUUCAACCUCAACAACUUCCAGCGGCACUGCGUCGGGCUCCGCCUAGUCUCCUCCCACCGUCGCCACCCCAUUCUCCUGCCCGCCUCCGCCUCCGCUGCUUCCGGCCAAGACUUCUCUUCUGACGGAGAAUAUUACUCUGAGGAGGGUCCAAAGGAGUACGUGGAGGAAGAGGGAGAGGGAGAGGAGGCAGAACCCGAGGUCCAGGCAGUUCGCGGUUACUAUCCCCCGAGAAACCGGCCGGCACUUGGACAAGAGCCCGGGCGAAUCUACGUCGGCAACCUGCCCUACACCUUCACCGCCGCUGAGCUCACUGCAGCAUUCUCCGAGGCCGGCAGCGUCGACGAUGUCCAGAUAAUCUAUGACAAAAUCACCGACCGGAGUCGUGGCUUUGCCUUUGUCACCAUGGCCACCGCCGAGGAGGCUGCCAAGGCCGUCCAGAUGUUCAACGGAGCUCUGCUGGGAGGCAGGACAGUCAGGGUGAAUUUCCCAGAAGUGCCGCGAGGAGGAGAGAGGGCAGUGGCAUCGGCAGCGGUUGCAAGGACUAGCUUGCGUCUUGUUGACGAUGGGACAUACAAGGUUUACGCCGGCAACCUGGGGUGGGGUGUGCGGGCUGAUGCACUCAAGACGGCAUUCGAGAGGCAGCCUGGCUUGGUUGGUGCCAGGGUAAUCUUCGAGCGUGACACGGGUCGUUCCAGGGGGUUUGGCUUUGUCUCCUUUCAGACAAUAGAAGAUGCAAAGGCUGCCUUGCAGGCCAUGGACGGAGUGGAACUAGAUGGGAGGCCACUCCGACUUAGUCUGGCGGCACAGAACCCUCCAGCUGGAUCAACUCCUAGCACAGUGCAGUCCCAGCAAGAACAAACUGCCUCAGGUGGUUCUGAGCCAGAGAUCGACAAAAACAGUACUACUUCAGGACAAUUUGAAGGCGAGGUGGAAAAGAGCAACUUACAGACAACUGCCAGCUAUUAGUAGCUACUAAUAGACAGGUAGAGAUGAUUGAGUUGUAAGCUUGGUGCACCGGUUCAAAAAUUAUGCCGUUCCAAUUCAAGAUGUACUGCUCUGAGCAAAAAUUUUGACGCAGAAGUGGGAUUUCAGCCACGGACACUAGAUUAUUAGACUCUGGAAAUAUAUGUUGCAGAAAUAUCUGGAUCAACUCCUAGCACAUAUCUGGAAUUACGCAGAAGUGUUUUGUAUAUUGUAUAAUAUAGAGUACUGGAUUGAGUAAUUGGUUGUGCCCUUUUAUGAAAUAAAUUGGAAUGAUACCCAGGGUGUUCGCUACUGUCA